AAAAUGGCAGACCUACCCUGGAUAUCAGUUGAAGAGGUAGAGCGACACUCUAAACCCGAGAGCUGCUGGCUCGUCGUCAACACCCAGGUGUGGGAUCUCACUGAAUUUACACCAAACCAUCCAGGUGGUGCUGAAGUGAUCUACCGGUACGCGGGCUGUGAUGCCACGACUGAGUACAACGCCAUUCACGCCCCUUCCCUGCUAUUGGAUACACUCACCUCCACAAAGCUGGUCGGAAAAUUGGAGACUGGCAUUAACAUUCCGGAGCAAUGGCGCAUCACGUCAACGAACAAUUCCAAGGAUUCCCGACCCAAGCCUCCGCUCGAAACGCUGAUAAAUGCCCACGACUUCGAGAGAGCAGCAUCCCGAGAUUUUUCCCAGAAAGCAUGGGCAUACUACUCCUCUGCCGCCACCGACCUCAUUACCCUUAAUGCGAACAAAUCCUUCCUCGAUCGUAUUUGGUUCAGACCGCGUGUCCUACGCAACGUUCGCAAUGUUGAUCUUCGAAUACGUAUUCUGGGUAGUACCGAUCUAUUCCUGCCAUUCUUUGUAAGUCCUGCUGCAAUGGCUAGGCUCGCUCAUCCUGAGGGAGAGAGGGCUAUUGCCGCCGCAUGCAGUGCAAAGAAUGUUGCGCAAUGUGUGUCUACCAAUGCCUCGUUUCCACUCAAGGAGAUUGCCAAAGAUACAAAGCAUCCGAUUUUUUUCCAGCUUUAUGUUGACAACUCCCGUGAGAAGUCCGAGUCCCUUCUCCGCGUCUGCCACGAGGUCGGAGUUAAGGCUAUAUUCGUAACAAUUGAUACUCCAAUGGCCGGGAAGAGGGAAGCCGACGAGCGAGUCCGUACCAACCAGUCAAUUUCCACCCCCAUGAGCGGAGUGACAGCCAAAAAUGACGCCAAGGGGGGAGGGUUGGCUCGCACCAUGGGCAAUUUCAUAGACAUGUCUCUUAAUUGGGACGACUUGAAAUGGCUGCGAAGUGUCACUCAUCUCCCUAUCAUUCUCAAAGGGAUUCAGAGCGCUGCAGAUGCCCAGCUGGCCAUGCAACAUGAUGUUCAGGGCAUCAUGAUUAGCAAUCACGGAGCGCGGAACUUAGACACUUCACCGCCGUCAAUUCUUGUUCUCUUAGAAUUGCACAAGUGCUGUCCUGAGAUAUUUGAUACGCUUGAAGUGUAUCUCGAUAGCGGAAUCCGGCGUGGAACAGACAUUUUGAAGGCAUUGUGUCUUGGCGCAACAGCUGUCGGGAUUGGCCGACCAUUCCUUUAUUCGCUGAACUACGGCCGUGAGGGUAUCGAACACUUAAUAGAAAUUCUUCGUGACGAGUUGGUUACGUCUAUGCGUAUGCUUGGUGUAACAGAGCUCUCACAGCUGCAUCCGGGACUGGUCAAUACUCUGCAGAUAGAUGACGCUGUCCCGGGCACCGUUGGUCAUCCGUAUGCUAGGUGGAGAAGGGUGCUUCAAGCAAAAGUGUGA